AACGGGAGCUUCACUCAGUCCUGCCUCGCCAUGAAGUCCUCAACCGGCCUCCUCCUCCUCCUUGGUCUCCUGGCCAUCUGUGCCUUGAUGCCUGCUGACUCCAACAAAGUAAAGCCCGGGAGAUGCCCAUCGCCAGAUCCACCUCCAGGCGUGGUAACACACUGUGGCUUGCUGUGCUCCUCAGACUCUGAAUGCACUGGGGCACAGAAGUGUUGCAGAUAUGGAUGUUCAGCAUCCUGCAUGGAUCCUCUCAAGGCCUGACCUUGAAGGAGGCCUGGAUCUGUGGAUCGUGACCACUCAAGAUGUCAAGCCGGAGCUCCUCUGCCCAUCUCUCCUUCUCCGGAAGAGCCCAAAUCCCACACCAUCCCAAUUUGCCUCAUUUAUAGUUCCUGUACUGCUUUGUUAAGACCUCCCCUUCCCUUGCCAAUAAAUGCAGAAGUCCUCUACGCUUCAAGAGUCUG